AGAAUGGCAAGCCUUUCAGAGCUUAAACCAUUUUCCCAUUUAAGAUGUCAGAAAAUAGCUUGCCCCUCCAAAACAAAGUAGCAAUCGUUACAGGAGCUUCACGAGGAAUUGGAGCAGCAAUAGCUGAAAAUUUGGCACGCCGCGGUGCUAAAGUAGCCAUCACCUUUACCUCCAACAGUAGCAUUGAUGCGACUGAACAGUUGGUGAAAAAAAUAAAGGGUUUUGGCACCUCAGCAGAUGCGAUCAAAAUUCAGGCAGAUUUGCGUGAUGUUUCAAGUGCUAAACAUAUUGUUGAUGCCACAGUUCAAGCUUUUGGUUCCACGAUCCAUAUCCUUGUUAACAAUGCAGGGUACGCAGGUCCAUUAAAACCUAUAGGAACAAUAACUAUGGAAGAUUAUAACAGUAUGUUUGAUGUAAAUGUUCGUGGUGUCUUUUUUAUGACAGAAGCGAUAGUGCCUCACCUUCCCAAAAAAGAAAAAGAAAAUGGAGGAAGGAUCAUAAAUUUUGGAAGUGUUGCUGGAAGGUUGGGAUUUCUUCAGCAACCUGUUUAUUGUGCAAGCAAAGCAGCAAUCGAAGGUUUUACUAGAUGUUGGGCAGCCGAAUUAGGCCCUCAUAGCCAUACCGUAAAUCAAAUCAAUCCAGGAGCUGUUGAUACCGAUAUGUUAAAGGGGGUACUUUCGGAUGAAAUAAUUCAGUUUGCAAAAAAAACGACUCCAUUUGAAAAUCGCAUUGGAUUACCUUCUGACAUUGCUGAAAUCGUCGCUUUUCUUGCUGAAGAUAGAAGUCGGUGGAUCACUGGACAGGUGAUUUCGGCUUCUGGUGGAUUGGCUAUGUAUUAAUUGAUUGGGGAAAUUUAAUGAGGAAAUAAUCAUAAGAAUUUCUUGCGCAGCAAUUAUCGUUCUCAUAUUAAUUACGCGUUCUAGAAUAAAUUAUGAUUAUUUUUUUAUAUGAUUUAUGACAUUUAAUUUUACUAAAAAGAAAUUAGUAAAAGCAUUCGACUCAAAUCCUUAUGAUAGAUGAAAGUUUCUCUUUGUACGAGGCGAGA